AUGCCCGAUACAACGGGAAAGAUGCCUGAUAGUAUGGAAAAGAUUCACGAUACUACGGAAAAAAUUCCUUAUACUACUGAAAAAAUGCAUGAUGCUACAAAAAUGAUGCGUAAUACCAAGGAGAAUAUGCCCGAUACAACGGGAAAGAUGCCUGAUAGUACGGAAAAGAUUCACGAUACUACGGAAAAAAUUCCUGAUACUACUGAAAAAAUGCAUGAUGCUACAGAAAUGAUGCGUAAUACCAAGGAGAAUAUGCCCGAUACAACGGGAAAGAUGCCUGAUAGUACGGAAAAGAUUCACGAUACUACGGAAAAAAUUCCUGAUACUACUGAAAAAAUGCAUGAUGCUACAGAAAUGAUGCGUAAUACCAGGGACAAUAUGUCCGAUGCAGCGUAA